AUGACUGAAAAAUCGUUCAUGCUAGCUUUUCGUAGAUUCAUUAGCAGGAAAUCGAUACCAAGAGUUAUGAUAUCGGACAAUGCUACAACAUUUGUUGCCGCCGCGGAGGAAAUACGAAAGUUAACGGACUCUAAAUCUUUACAUGACAAAUUGUGCCAAUUUGGAACAACAUGGAAAUUCAUACCAAAACGUGCUCCAUGGUACGGCGGAUUUUGGGAAAGACUGGUUGGACUAACUAAAAAUUGUCUAAAAAAGAUUCUUGGACGCGCAUGUAUAGAUUUACCUCUGUUACAGACAUUAGUGGUGGAAAUUGAAGCUUACCUUAACAAUAGACCGCUUACCUAUAUAUCGUCGGACAUUGCCGAUCCAGAGCCGCUUACCCCGUCGCAUCUAUUGUAUGGAAGACAAAUUAAAUCUUUCCCGUAUCCGUUAUAUACAGAUGAAACAGACAGUUAUAGUGCCGAUUUAACAACUAAUCACGAAACUAUGAAUGAUCAAGCGAAAAGGAGAUUCCGUCUUAUUGAACAAUUUUUAGCAAGAUGGAAACACGAGUAUUUGACCUCCUUACGUGAAUUUCACCGAGUGUCUGGAAAUAACAAUCAAAGUGUAAAACAAGGAGAUGUAGUCCAGAUAUAUGAUGAUAAUUCUCCACGUACGACGUGGAAACUCGGUGUUAUUGAAGAACUUACAUACGGAAACGAUAACCUUGUGCGAUCUGCGACGGUCCGAACAUCUAACUCUAAACUAAACAGACCAAUUGUCAAGUUAUAUCCUUUGGAGAUUUGUGAAUCCGACUCAAUUACUACACAGACGCAAAGAUAUCAGCGAAGAGCCAAGACAGAUGCCGUAGAGAAAAUCAGAGAGUGUUUAAAGUGA